AUGCAAGCCGACAUUCCCAAAGCGACAUUUCCUCAUAAUGUCGAUUACUACUUCAGCAAUGUCAUAUUCUUGGUUGAAAAUGAGUUAUUCAACGUCCCUCGACACAAGUUCCAAUCCGAAUCAGUGAUAUUUCGUUCUAUGUUCGAUCUGCCACCCGGAGAUAAGACUCCGGACGGGCUUACCGACGAACAGCCACUCAGACUUGACGGAAUCGAUCGCGUCGAGUUCAGCAGCCUGCUCGAGUACCUCUACCCCAGAGGUAUCGAAAGACCGCUUCCUCUGACGCUGGCUGAAUGGUUAGCGGUCCUGAAGCAAUCAACACGGUGGGAGAUGGACCGCAUCCGAAACGAUGCUAUCGAGACAAUCCCUUCUCUGGUGGCCGAUCCCGCCCAAUUGUUAGGGCUAGCCAUUGACUAUAAUGUCGAAGCCUGGUUUAUCCCUGCGAUGAACAAACUUGUUCAGCGUGCCGAGCCCAUUUCCACCGCUGACUUGGCGCAUAUUGGAAUCGAGUGCGCACUGAAAAUUGCCGCCAUUCGUGAAGUCUGUCACUUCAAGCACGCAGAUGUGGCGAACUCAUGCAUACUCCCGCAUGCUGUGAGAGGCCCAGUCACCUACAAUUGCGACGACAGGAUUGGACAAGAGUUCAAGGAUCAUCUAACUACCCCGCUUCUUUCCGCCGAUAAGGCUUUGACUGCUGUAUAUCUGAACCCUCCUGCAUCCCCCAAGCCCAAAAAGAAGCCAACGUCGUUGGGGAAGAAGAAAAAAGUUGCACCCUCAGCCAGCCCAACUACGGCAGCGAAUACCAGUGACAUAGUCGAUGUAUGA